AUGGGAGCUGAUAGAGAUAAUUUUUUGCAGGAUAUUGAAAACGAUUCAAUUAGCAAUGAUCAGGCUAUGGAUUCAUCACCCAACGGAAAUGCCUCUGAAAGCGAUAGCAGCAUUCUUAUGAACGUGAAUGAUAUUAAAACUUUGCGUUUGGACGUGGCACCAGAAUCUAAAAGCGCUCAAUCGAAGAAAUCGCUUUUUUAUGAAAACUCUGAUGACGCUGAAGAGGGAGAAAUAGAAGACCACAGGAACGGAGAAGAGGGACAACGUCACCAUGAAGGAUCUAAACAACUCCGAUUUGAGGUUGGCAAGGAGAGUAUAAGUCAAGUGCAGCCCCACCUAUCGGAUGGAAGCGCGACAAGUGAAGAAGGUAGCGCACGGCCUUGGGAAUUCAGAAAGGUGAUACAGGCUGAGUAUAGAGAAAGGUUGCCGCGCAAUUACGAGUUAAAGCAUUGGAAAAAGCCUUCUAAAAUAAUGAUAGAAUCCAUACUUCGUUUAUUAGAGACUAACACUGUAAGUGCCCUUGAUUCCGUCUUCAAAAAAUACGAAGAGGAAUUGAGCCAAAUGACACAUGGCGAUAAUAAUGAAGUUGAAAGGAUCUAUUCCAAAAAGGAGCGCUUGCUUGAAAUAAUCCUGACAAAAAUAAACAAGAAGCUAAGGCAGGCGAAAUUCCCCUCCAGGAUAUCGGAAAGGGACCUGGAUAUUGAGUAUAUCUAUUCCAAGAGACAAUUUAUUCAAAACCGCUAUUCACAAGAACUACAAAACUGUGAGAGAUUGGAAGCAAAUCUUUCACGUGAGCGAAAACUUUUGGAAGAAACCAGGAAGCUGUGCAGGAAUUUGAAAACAAACAAUAAGAAGCGGCUUACUGAGAAGCUAAUACAAAAAGAUCUUCAUCCAGUACUUAAUAAAGCUAUGGAAUAUUCAUAUGGCUUAGAAUCUGCUAACGGGUUUGCAGGCCCAGAGGGCCAAGUAACUUUUAAAAAUGAUAGCAACGAACUGAACUUGAUGCUGAAUGACCCCAUCAAAAGCGCGACCGAUGUGAGGCUUGACAAGAAAGAGGUGCUAUCGUUGUUACCUUCUUUGCAAGAGUAUACGAAAAAAUCAAAGGAACUUAAAGUAACCAUGGAUCAAAUGAUCUCAAACUCACACGAACAGGAAAUCAAAGAGGUGUUAGUACCGCCCCACCAGGCCCAUCAUGACGAGACCGAAGAAGAUAUACAUGAGCGAUGA